CCGCACUUGAGAUCAGUCGCCGCGCCCGCGCUGCGCUGUUAGGUUGUGUUAGAGGACGCUACGUGAUUUUACGAACCAAAAGUAAGUUUUUUUGUGUUUAUUGAUUUAGUAUUUUCGUAAUGUUCAGAUGAUGAUAUCAACCUGACUAUUUGCCUUGCAAUUUGUAAUUAUAUUGUCCGUAACAUGUUAUAAACGAUUUUUGUGCAACACAUUUAAUUUUUUUUAUUGUUUUGCCGAAACAGAAUGCCGCGGCAGCGAAUUAGAAAAACAGAGAGAGGCACCACUAAUACAGCAGUCUAUAAAAAAGCAGCAGAUGAGCAUUUUCAGGACAAAACGAAGAUAAGAGCACUGGCAAAAAAAUACAACGUAUGCCACGUAACAUUAUAUAGAUUUAUACAAAAACUUAAAUCAGGGAAUACUAAUGUAAAAGUUGGCUACCGUUGCGUCAACCGUGUUUUUACUCCUGAAGAGGAAAAUGUUUUACAGGACUAUAUUAUUGAAUGCUCCAAAGUAUACUUCGGAUUGAUUCCGACUGAAGUGCGGAAGUUGGCGUACGAAUUAGCGCUUAAAUAUAAAAAGAAAUUUCCGGAGAAGUGGAAUGAAAAUCACACGGCGGGCAAGGAAUGGUUAGCUGGAUUUUUAAAACGACAUCCCAUCCUAUCUCUGAGAAGCCCACAGGCAACGAGCCUGUCUCGCGCCUCGAGCUUUAAUGAGUAUAAUGUAAACAAGUUUUUUGAUAACCUAUCAGAAGUUAUGGAUAGGUAUAAAUUUGAGCCAAGAGAUAUAUGGAAUAUAGAUGAAACAGGGGUGACGACAGUCCAAAGACCUAACAAAAUAAUAUGUCAGAGAGGAAUUAAACAAGUAGGCGCAGUGACGUCUGCCGAACGUGGGAGGUUAGUAACUGUUGCUGUUGCUAUUAAUGCUCAAGGAGGACAUAUACCUCCAUUUUUUGUAUUUCCGUUGAAGCGAUAUCAAGACCACAUGAUACGUGAAGGUCCUAUUGGAUCUGCUGGUGCUGGAAAUGCUAGCGGCUGGAUGCAAGAAGCAGAGUUCUUGCUGUUUUUGGAACACUUCAAAAAACAAGCCAAACCCACUACUGACCAAAAAUGCCUGCUCUUGCUUGACAAUCAUGUAUCACAUGUAUCAAUUCAUGCCCUCGAUUAUUGUAAGAUAAAUGGAAUAGUGUUGCUGUCAUUUCCUCCCCACUGUACACACAAAUUGCAACCCCUGGAUAGAGCGGUGUUUGGACCAUUCAAGAAAAUGAUAAAUACUGCUACAGAUAAUUGGAUGCGAAAUCAUCCCGGUCAAACAAUGACUAUACAUUACAUUCCUGGGAUUGUCAGAGAAGCAUUUCCUCUUGCCGUCACCGAUAGAAAUGCUAUUGCAGGUUUUACCUGUACUGGUAUAAGUCCAUUUAAUAGGAAUAUCUUUUCCGCGGUUGACUUCGCACCGUCUUCUGUAACAAAUCGUACCUUGCAAUCUAAUAACGAAAUUCAACCGUCAGCCAUCGAAGUUGAUCGGAUGAUUGAAGCAGAUCACCUUCCAGAACUAGGAUCGAGUAACAAACUUAAUGCCCAUUCAAUUAGAUCUAACAAUCCCGAACUGGAAACUCUUCGGAGUGUAUCGAACAUUCAAACAGAUGAUGGAAAUCAGUUCUUAAACCCUGCUAGCUCACAUCCAUCACCAAGCUCGCCACAGCCAGGACCUAGUGGACUUCAAGCAUCUUUUACACGGCCAAUUAAUUUCUCACCCCAAGAUAUAAGACCUCUACCGCGAGCUGGUAUACGAUCCGGAACAAAAAGAGGUUAUAAAAAGCGUAAAACUGCGAUACUUACUGACACUCCCGAAAAAAGAGCAAUUGAAGAAGAAUAUAACCAAAGAAAUAAAGCCAAGAAACCAAUAUUCCAACCCACUACAGGAAAAGGCAAGAGAAAAUUACAAUCUGCAAAAGGAAAAGGCCAUGGAAAGAAGACGAGGAACCCUCCUAGAAGCAAAGGAAAGGAGAACCAGACAACAGCAAACAGCAAUUCUUCUGAUGACGAAGAUUGCUUUUGCAUAGUUUGUUUGGAGUUAUUCAGCACUAGCUUACCAAACGAGAAGUGGGUACAGUGUGUUGAUUGUAAAAAAUGGUCUCACGCUGCGUGCACCAAAGAUGAUUCAUAUUACGUUUGCCACAAUUGCGAGUCUGAAUAGAAACAUGAACCUCAUUAAAGUUGAUCUCAUUAUGCCUAAGAGUAAACUAUUAUUUAAAAAGAAGAAGAUAUUAAGUUCUUUGUUAUUCUUGAGAAGAAAUAUUUUGUUUCGUUUUAUUUUAUCUCUUAUAUCUCUAAUAAAUAAUAUGAUUUAAUUUUGUGUUUCAGUUUCAUUAUACAUAUAAUAUUGCACAGGACCCC